CAUUAUAAACUCAACCACCGACAUAACACGACAGACACACACAAACUACAUACAAAACACCUAUGAACACGAACCCAAAAAUAAAAAAAAAAGAUACACCUACAAGAUACACUUACUGUUAUUAGGAUACAAAGAACACUAACCAUGGAUGACACCGAAAAGUUUGACAAAACUCACUUCUUCGAAAGCUUCCUCGCGAAGCACAAGGAUCUGGGCAGACGGCAGCGGGAGUACAAGAAGAUCCUCGGCACCAAGCUAGUAACGCGCUCGCAGCUGAUCACGGAGACCAGCUAUCAGACCUCCAAUAACCAGCUGAUGGAGGAGAAGGACGAACUGAGGGCUCAGAUCUGGGUGGCCAGUAGCGCAUCGUACCGGAAGGAGGACCAGCGCCACCUGGACAACAUUCGGUGCCAUGUGGAGUGCCAGGAGAAUCUCGCCACGGACAUCAACGCCCUGAAGAAUUCCAUUAUCAAUAUGGAGCGCGAGAUCGGGAGGCUGUCCAAGCAGAUCUACCACUUGAACCAGAACACCGUACCCGACGAAAGGUACACGGUGCAUGUGGGGGAGGUGCGAAAGAAGCUGAGCAUUCUGGAGGACGCCCUCGAGACGGGAGUGCGCCACGAGUGUGCCAUGGCGUCGGCGAACGCCAAUCUGAGGCAGCAGCUCAUCUGGAUCCUCAACCAGCGCACCUUCUUCAAUGAUUCCUACACCAAAAUGGUUCAGAAGCUGAACAGCGACAAGAAGUAUAUGAAGGAUAUGGUCGACUACGCGGUGACGACUUUCGACAACUGCAUCGAUGUCUACGAGAAGUUGGACAAACUGGCGAAGCACACCAAGAAGGAGAAGGAUCAACGCCGCCUGGAGGCCCAGGGGCUGAUGCGGAAAUUGUCUGCCGACGAAGACAUCAAUACUUUCUUUAACUGCAAGGCUAAGCCACGGGAACUGGCGGACCUCCAGCCGAAGGAGUACGAGCGGCGGGACAAGUUCCGGACAAUGCACCGCAAGAAGAUCAAUCUGUACACCUCUGUGCUGAAGAAGUUGCUCCACUUCACCAACUCCCUCAAAAUGGAUGAGGUUAUUGCCAAGUUCCAAAACCAGGAGAGCCUCUACUAUUCCUUCUUCAACUACUCCACCGAGAUGAGCUACCACAUAACGAUGCUGAACAACUCCGUGAAUCGCCUCAUGGCGGACAUUGAAGCUCUUCGCCAGGAUAACAAAGACACAUUGCAGGAUCAGCUGGAAAAGAUCGAGAGCUUGGAGGCCCAGGUGGCGGCCAAAGAGGAAUCAAACUCGGUCCUUAGUAGCUUGAGAGAAAAGAACGACACACAGCUGGAAAAUCUUCUCCAUGGCAUAGAGGCAGUCUGCCAGAUUUGCGCCAUCGACGUCACUCCCUUUAAUGACUUGCUGGGCGACCACACUCACGUCAAUCUAGUGAAUCUUCAGCGCUUCCUGAAGGCUCUGGAGACCCGGAUCCAGCACGUGGUGGCGAGUGUUUAUGUGGAGGACCGUAGGACCGGAGAUCCCAUCAGAUUCGUAGUGCGGGAGGUCAGCAAGCCUUGCGAAGAACUCACCCGCCUGUCGGACAUAGUUAUGACCCAGCAGUGUCCCGAGUGCGCCGAGACGGAAGCCUAUAAUAUCGACGAGGGCGGCGAGCUCUCCUACCCACACACCAUCAAGGAGGCCAAGAGGAAGCUGUACGAGAAGGUCACCCAGCCAGAGAUCCAGUACCGUCUCCACAGCAUCAGUCAGUGCCGCCUGCCCCGGUCGCGUCUUCUGGCCGCCAAAAGGAGCAUUUAAAUUUACCGGGAUGUUGGUAUCCCUGUGGGUCACCACGUCACACUAUUCCCAGAGACCUCGGCGAUUUUUAUCUUUCAUUGGUAAAACAGAGAGAGUUGUGUGAACUCGAGGUCGAGUAGGUCAUUUAAACAUAUGUAUGCUUUUGACUAAGAUUCAUACUCUGAGGGAGUCUCUGGCUCACCGAAGGUCGGUGAGGAUCCAUUCCAAAAGGGUUUCAUGUCGCGAAUUAAUUGGAAUUUUGAAGGGUAUAGUGAGAAUAAUGUACCCCAUCUUUCAGUUAAGACUGCAAAAUAAAUGAAACAUGAUACAA